AUGAGUCUGGUAGGUGAGGACAGUCCAUGCACUCCAUUUUCAGAUGGAAUCAAGACAUAUGGGUCAAUUUUGACUCCUUUCACAAAAUAUGUUGCACAAGCUGAAGUUCCUGAGGAGCCUGAAACAGGGGAAAUUACUUAUAAUAGCGCUGACUUGGAAAGUAUCCUUUCCAGCCGUGUGAGGAAGCAUUCAAAUUUCCCAAUUGAACCAAAAGAUUACCAUACAAAUUGAUCUUGUAAGUGCUAUAUAUUUUAA